CGCAUGUUUCCUCGCGCUCGCGUCGUCUUUCUCUCAACUGCGCAUGCGCCACCGGCGGGCAUAAAGUGUCGCGAGGAAAAACUGGGGCUGGGUUUGAAAAAUGGCGGAUGAAGUGGACCAGCAACAAACUACUAACACUGUAGAAGAGCCUUUGGAUCUCAUCAGACUCAGUCUUGAUGAGCGAAUAUAUGUGAAAAUGAGGAAUGACAGAGAACUGCGAGGUAGACUACAUGCUUAUGACCAGCACUUAAAUAUGAUUCUGGGUGAUGUCGAGGAGACUGUGACAACAAUAGAGAUUGAUGAAGAAACCUAUGAAGAGAUUUAUAAAUCUACCAAACGGAACAUCCCAAUGCUGUUCGUCAGAGGAGAUGGAGUUGUGCUUGUGGCUCCUCCCCUGAGGGUUGGCUGAAAUGAUUAAAAAAAAGUAUCCUUUGUCACUGGCUUCUGCUGAUCACACAUUACGAUUCCUCACCUCUUUUUACAGAAGAUUACCAGAGUUCAUUUCAUUUGGCAAAAAAGUGUAAAAGUUUACCAGAUUAAUUUAAACCCCUUGCAGUCUCUUCUGUCAAAUCUGUGGAUUUAACCUAUUUAGUUAUAUUUGUGGCAGUUAUGUUUUUUUUAAUAAAUCUCUAGUUUGCUUAUUUAAUGUG